GGGAAAUGUGGUAUCCUGGCGGCCACGUUUCAAUGCGGAUGUGUGUUUCAGUUUUUCAUGCCAAAUUCUUAGCUCUAUCGAGAGUACGAAGUACGAUAUUUGAAGCAAGGAGUUUCAGGUAUGGUAAGAGCAGAGAACACGGAUCGGUAGACCCAAUGAACCCAACUCACUACUACCUCACUGCAUAGCAACUAAAACCAAAGAUGGCAUUCUUUUCGCAAAUUUCCUCCCUGGCAACCAUUCUACUGGCAUCGUGGCUGUUGUUUGUUGCGCCGCCAACCGCGGAAGCCUUCCUCCCGACGGCCCCCCGAACAGCGUCGGCAACACAGACGUCGUCGACCCUCGGCAUGGGCCUCUUCGAUGGGAUUGCCAAAGCCUUUUCGAACGAGGAAUACGGACCGCCCCCCGACAAGGUCAGGGCCACAGCCCGGCACAUUCUGGUAGAGUCCGAGGGGGAGGCCAAGGUGAUCAUGAAAAUGAUUUCCUCCGGGGAGAAAACAUUCCAGGACUGCGCCAGGGAAUUUUCGACCUGCCCUUCGGCGAACCAGGGUGGAUCCCUGGGGAGCUUCUCGCCUGGAACCAUGGUUCCCGAGUUUGACAAGGCCAUUUUCAACCCCGACACCAGAGUCGGUGACAUGGUGGGGCCGGUCCUGACGAAUUUUGGCCACCACAUUAUCGUUGUGGAAAAACGAACCGGUGGAGGGGAUUGGUACUAAUGGAUCGAUUGUUUCGAUCAACGAGAGGACUUGCCGUUGGGGUGCGAUUCGAAUCGAUCCAUAACACUCUUCUCUUCCUAUUGGGCAGUGGGCACAAGAGAAUCAAAACAAUACAUGACU